AUGGAUAGUGGUUGGCGUAGAUGUGGUACUCAUAUAUAUAAGCCUGAUAAUCGUAUAACGUGUUGUCCUGCUUAUACAAUCCGAUGUGACGCUGAGCAAUUUCGAAUUUCUCGGGCUCAGAAGAGGGUUUUGCGUACUGUCAAUAAAUUUUUACUUACGGGCGAAAAGCCGGUAGAUGCUGAUAAUGCAGCGGCUAUCGCUUCUACAGAUUGUCGUGGAGAUUGUCCCGAAAACAACUUUGACUCUUCCAUGAGUCGAUUAAAUUUCAAUUCCUUGGCUUCUGGUGACUCCGAAAUUUCCACUCAGCCUGUUAGUUCUAUGAGAAAUUCGGGAAGAUCAGGCUCAGCGCGUAAGAAAAGAUGGCAAGCGCUACAAGAUCGGAUGCAAAAGCGAGCUCAAACUCUUGGUAUUCCAUAUGACGAAGUCUUCAGUGAAUAUCUUCUCCGUAGGAAGAGGCGGCUUGAAAAAAAUAAACCAAAGGAACUUGAGGAAUUAUUAGACUCCGGUUCAUCUCAAGAAGGUGCAGCUCAUUUCAUCGAUAUUAGAUUAUGCAGAAGUUCGCCGAAAUCUGAUGAGUUCGAUAGGACUUUCCAGCAAGAAUUUGAUUUGUACAAGGCUUACCAAGUUAAAAUUCAUAAAGAUGACCCGAAUCGUAUUACUCCACGGAGCUUCGAAGAAUUUCUGGUCUCAUCGCCUUUGACUAGCAAACGUAAUAAACAAGCCAAUUCGGCUGGCGCACCUCAAUUUGGAUCAUAUCAUCAGCAAUAUUGGCUGGAUGGGAAUAAAUUGAUCGCUGUAGGAGUUAUAGAUUUGGUUCCUGGUUGUCUUUCAUCUGUAUAUCUGUUCUACGAUCCCGAAUAUGCCUUUCUUCAUCUUGGAACGUAUUCCGCUCUUCGCGAAAUUGCCUUUAUUCGCCAUCUCCAACGCUCUUAUAGUCGGAGAGUUUCGGCGUACGCUGAUUUCACGCAAUACUAUAUGGGCUACUACAUUCACUCCUGUGUCAAAAUGCGCUACAAGGGGGCCUUCUCUCCAUCGUACUUAGUCUGCCCGGAGACAAACACUUGGGUUCCCAUUGAGCGCUGUAAACGUCUCCUCGAUGUUCAGAAGUAUGCCCGAUUUGCAGAAGACAAUUCCACCACCGGUUCUUCCUCGUCUCAUGAUUCUACGGACUCCAUUGUUAUUAUGCUUCCCUAUUCCACUCGAUGCGCUCUUAUGCUCCCUUCUUCCAGUUACACUGUAGAAGGCGAUAGGAUUGUUACCACCUUGGGUGCUGCAUCCACCAUUCUCUCGAGGCAUGGUCUUGAAAUUGUCAAGGAAUGGAGGCGUCUUGUCACUUCUACGGGCUCUAUGCGUAUAGAUUUUCGCUAA